UUUCGUUUUGGUUCAACUUACGGUUGUGCAGUGAUUUGACUGUUUGUCUUUUGACUGUCUACUGGGAACGUUUGUUUGUUGAUUUGAUUCCUGUAGGCAGAGUUUUGAUCCCUUUUGCCGGGAAUAUUCCUAUUGACCGACAGGUAUUUAACAGUUGUAUUUUUUAACCAGUUUUUACCGUGUAGUACGUAUUUGCACCCGAGAACGUUUUGGACUGUAUAGUUACCCAACGGCACUGUUGAGUACCACAGAUUUUGUUACGAAUCUACUAUUGAAUUACUACAAACCGUGUUUUGAUAUUUCGAUCCAACCUUUGACUGUGCGUCACUCGCGGAAGUUAGGAAGCUAUACAGUAGAACGCAGGAACUAGUCAGAUUCACGUCAGUUGGCACCGCCUAGCUAUUUCCCGCGUUCAGGCCAAGAUUAUUGGAUUCUGGCCGCUACAGUACUCAACAACCCGUCACUGCUGUACCUGGCAAUCGCAAGGUGUUCCUUGAGUCAAUUGCGGACGGGGAAGGUGACAUGUCCAUGGAUCCGACCUCAGAUACCAAGCAAGUCCCUCUUGAUGUUAUUUCAUGCCGUGGCUCUGAUAAUGGUACAGGUAUUGACUAUAGUAAGACUAGUCCUUGUAGGACCUCUGCUCAGUUGAAGGUACGACAGUUGGAUUCAGGGCCCCUCUUUUCUGGGAACCCGACAGUUUUCAAGUACCACAGACCUCUGCUGGAAGGAACCACCGGAAAAUGUCGAAUUGAAGAGGUCGGUCCGAACAAACACAAACGUUACUGAGCUCACUACUGAUCCGAUUUUGGCGUAUCAUUCGGACUGGGUGAGGCUGAUUAAAGCUGUGGCAUGGCUUAAGAGAUAUGUGGUCUACAUAUCCGUUAUGUAUUCGCGUCGCCAAGGUGUGUCACUGAAUGUUGGCUAUCUAACAGCCGAUGAACUGGAAGCUGCUAGACAUAAAGUAUUAUGUAUGGUACAACAGGAGGUAUAUGGAGAAUUAAUAAAGGAACUCCGAGAAAAGGGUAGUUGUGAGACUGAAGAAGGUGAAUUGCAAAGGUUGUCACCUAUACUUGUGGGUGGAUUGGUCUGCGUCGGUGGGAGGUUGAACUAUUCCGACUACCCACUUACUUUUAAGCAUCCGGUUAUCCUCCCCAGACAUCACUUCGUGACUGAGCUGAUCAUAAGGCAUUAUCAUAUUAUAGAAGGACAUACUGGUACUUCGCAAGUCCUGGCCACUCUACGAAGAAACUAUUGGAUAAUUAAGGGGAUCAGUGCGGUCAAACGGGUGAUAAGAAAGUGCAUAGAGUGCCGACGAUUGAAAGCUGCACUGGGUCAACAGAUGAUGGCCCCUUUACCGGUCUGUCGCGUGCAGAAAGGAUGGUUUUGCUUCUCAUCAGUGGGAAUUGAUUAUUUUGGACCACUCAUGGUUCGCCAGGGAAGAAGAGAGGAAAAGAGGUACGGGUGUGUGUUUACUUGUCUCCAGACGCGAGCCAUACAUUUAGAGGUAGCUUUCAACCUAGGCACCGACGCCUUUAUAAUGGCUGUAAUGAGGUUCAUAGGAAGAAGAGGAACACCUGCAGAGAUAUACAGUGAUAAUGGUUCCAACUUUGUUGGAGCGAUUUCGGAACUAAGACAACUGGUGAGUGUGUGGGAUAAACGACGAAUCAAUGAUGCCAUGGUGUCAAAGGGGAUACGAUGGAGUUUCAACCCCCCGCAAGCGAGUCAUCGAGGUGGGAUAUGGGAAAGGAUGAUACGUUCUGUACGCAGGUUAUUGAUGGUCAUAUCCAAAGAGCAGACUCUGCACGAUGAUACAUUAGCCACCUACUUCGUGGAAAUAGAAAGAAUUUUGAACAACCGUCCUAUUGUUCCCAUGACGACCGACCCAAAAGACGAGUUAGCUCUCACUCCCAAUAGCUUAUUGUUAUUGAGAGAUAGUGGAGGAAUAGUCGUGGAGGGCACUAUUGCCGAUAAUUACGUCAGACGUUGGAAACAAGUUAAUUACUUAGCUGACGUAUUUUGGCGCCGAUGGAUGAAAGAGUAUCUACCAUGCUUGCAAACUCGUCAGAAGUGGUUGGGAAGAAAAAGAAAUUUCAAGGAGGGAGAUGUGGUGAUUGUGGCCUCUGAAAAAACACCACGUGGUUCCUGGCCUUUGGGAGUGAUCGAAACAUGCGAGAAGGACGAAGACGAUUUAGUAAGAACUGUGAUGGUGCGUAUGAAGGAAGGUACCGUGAGAAGAGAUAUAAGAAAGCUUUGUCUUCUUGAGGGAGUAGAAGAAAGAUAGAGCCACGGCUGAAUACACAGAGGUGUUUUGCGUGUCUGGAGGGAUUUUGGUGGCCGGUGUAAAGGAAAAAUGAUCUGAAAAUCCCUCCCGAUCACCCUUAUUUGAUUGUAUUGACAUUUAUUUUAACAUUUUUACCCUCGUUAUGGAUGGUGUACCUUUGACCCUCGCCGGUGUAAUGUUAUUUGCUUGUUUAACUGUCUUAUUUGACUUUACACUCGGUAUUUGCCUUUAUAUGUUUGAGACUUAUUAUGAGUGUUUCACUUUCCUAUUAUGUGACGCUGGACUGUUGAUAAGGUGAUGUUUUACUGCGCACGACAUUUUGUUUUGGUUCAACUUACGGUUGUGCAGUGAUUUGACUGUUUGUCUUUUGACUGUCUACUGGGAACGUUUGUUUGUUGAUUUGAUUCCUGUAGGCAGAGUUUUGAUCCCUUUUGCCGGGAAUAUUCCUAUUGACCGACAGGUAUUUAACAGUUGUAUUUUUUAACCAGUUUUUACCGUGUAGUACGUAUUUGUACCCGAGAACGUUUUGGACUGUAUAGUUACCCAACGGCACUGUUGAGGUAUUUUUGUAAUUUGACAUAACUUAUUGUUGCUUUGAUAGUACCACAGAUUUUGUUACGAAUCUACUAUUGAAUUACU